AAACUUGAAAUGGAGCAAGAAGCAAAGAGAAAGGAUGGUAAAGAUGAAGGACGAGAUGGAGAGAAAUGGGUUCAUGAUUCAUCUGUUAAUCAUAAGGGAAAAGUUCCUCUAAGAGCUUCAACUGGUGUAUGGAAAGCCUCUCUCUUUAUCAUUACAAUUGAGUUUAGUGAAAGGCUAAGCUACUUUGGAAUAGCAACAAAUCUCAUUUCAUACCUAACCAAUGUGCUUCAUCAAGACCUGGAAACAGCUGCAAAGAAUGUUAACUACUGGGCAGGAGUCACAACAAUAAUGCCUCUAGCUGGAGGGUUCUUAGCAGAUGCUUACUUUGGCCGGUUCACAAUGGUUCUGCUUUCAUCCCUCAUUUAUCUCUUGGGUCUGAGCCUCUUGACGAUGUCUGAGUUUAUCCCAAUUAUAAAGCCAUGCAAUGCACGCGUGUGUCAUAAACCAAGGAAAAUUCAUGAAGUGCUUUUCUUUCUUGCACUGUACUUUAUCUCCCUUGGGACUGGAGGACACAAGCCUUGCCUUGAAAGCUUUGGAGCAGAUCAGUUUGAUGAUGAUCACUUGGAAGAAAGGAAGAAGAAGAUGUCUUACUUCAACUGGUGGAACUUUGCACUUUGUUGUGGACUUUUGCUUGGUGUGAUAGUCAUAGUUUAUGUUCAAGACAAAGUCAGCUGGGGGGUUGCAGAUCUUAUCCUCACUAUAGUUAUGGCUGUCACAAUCUUAACCUUUUACAUGGGGAAGGUUUAUUAUCGAUACCGGUUACCAGUAGGCAGUCCUUUAACUCCUUUACUGCAAGUUUUGGUUGCAGCCAUAAGGAAGAGAAAAUUACCUUAUCCUUCCAAUCCUUCUUUACUAUAUGAAGUACCAAGAUUGAAAUUGUCCCAAGGAAGGCUUCUAUGUCAUACAAGUAGGCUUAGGUUUCUAGACAAAGCUGCAAUAGUUGAAGACAGGGAAAACGCUUCAACUGAGAAGACUCACAAUCCUUGGAGACUAGCAACAGUGACAAAAGUUGAGGAAAUGAAGCUUGUUUUAAGCAUGAUUCCCAUUUGGCUUACUUCUUUAAUAUUUGGAGUAGGUGUGGCACAAGCUUCAACUUUCUUUGUCAAACAAGCUGCAACCAUGGACAGAAGGAUCACCCACAAUUUCGACAUUCCAGCAGCAUCUAUUUAUUCUCUCACUGCUGUUGGAAUGAUGGUUUCAGUCACCAUCUAUGAGAAGAUUCUUGUUCCAUUUCUAAGGAAGGUUACCAGCAAUGAAAGAGGCAUAAAUAUCCUUCAAAGGAUCGGCAUUGGCAUGAUAUUUUCCACACUGUCCAUGGUUGCUGCAGCAUGUGUUGAAAUGAGAAGGCUGAAAGCUGUUGAGAAAGAGAUUAUGCAAGGUGGGAAGCAAGUGGCACUGUCUAUGAGUGUGUUUUGGCUUGCUCCUCAGUACUUAAUCAAUGGCCUGGGAGAUGGUUUUGCUUUGGUUGGCCUACAGGAGUACUUCUAUGAUCAAGCUCCUGAUUCAAUGAGAAGCUUAGGAAUAGCCUUUUAUCUCAGCGUGAUUGGAGUUGGAAGCUUCCUAAGCAGCUUCCUAAUCAUAAUUGUGGAUCAUAUCACAAGGAAAGGAGGCAAAAGUUGGAUUGGGAAGGAUUUGAACAUGAGUCGUUUGGAUAAUUUCUAUUGGAUGCUAGCAGCCCUAAAUUUACUGAAUUUCUGUGCUUAUAUAUUCUUGGCAAGGAGUUAUACUUACAAAAAUGUAGAAAGAGGGAUUCUUGUGCCUGACUGCCCUAAGAGUGAUGAGGCAGACCUAAUUGUGUAAAUCUUUUCUGAUUUAAAUA